AUGAAUAGUAAAAACUGGAAUGACAGGGCAGACAAAGACUUGUUCUUUACUAUUCUCUCCGUUAAAAACAUUGGCGUCAUAAGCGGCUCGGAAUGGACCACUAUUGGUAACCAUAUGAGAAGCCUGGGCUAUGGCUUCACCAAUGAAGGCUGUCGUCAACACUUUCAAGGUCUACGUCGGGCUCAACACAAGUCAGACAUUCCUGGCCCUAAUGGAGACACAGUACGGCGGAAUGAUCCGACUAUGAAUCCCAUCACACGUCGUCCCGGUCCUGGAAGAGGUCGACCUAGAAAACAGCCUCCUGUUCCAGUUCCCGGAGCUCCGGGAGAGGGUGCUCCUCAUCCACCUCUGGCACUCGGUAUCGAUCAUGGGCCACCACCCAAUUCUGCGCCUCCUUAUCCCCAGGGUGCCCAGUCUUAUGACCCUACUCCUGCUGGUCAUCAACCCACACAUCCUCAACAAGUCCAGGCUGCUAUGAGACCUGGCACUAUCUCUUCUGCGCCGCCUACACCACAGGCAUCGACUCCUGGCAAUGCGGUCCCUGGUCCAGGCCCGGUCACGUACCCAAGCCCAAAUCUUACACCUGCGCUCCCUCAGAAUCCUCCUCACUUACACCCUCUUCAACAUGGACAGCCUGGUCAAUCCGGUCAACCCGGUCAACAGCCUCAGCAGCCUCAGCAGCCUCAGCCUGAGCAGCAGUCUCAAUCUGAUCAACAAUCCCAACCUGACCAACAACCUCAGCAGCCUCAGCCUCAGCAGACUCAACCUCAGUCAGCUCAACAAUCUCAACCCGGCCAACAACCCAACCCAACCACGCAGCCUCAGCCUCAGCCUCAGCCUGAUCAGGAGAUACAGCACGACUACCAAUCUCAGGAGCUUCCGCAAGAACCACCACAAGAGACUCGCGAAGCUACUGACACAGACGCCAUAUCUCAAUCUCAACCUCAACCAAUAGAACAGAACCACGAGCCCCAUGCCAUCUUGCCUCAAGAGCAAUUACAGCCGGAACAUGAAGAUAUAGAUGCCGAUGGUGAUGCGGACGGCGAGGUAGAUGUGGAUAACGACGAACCUAGUGCUAAACGACAACGUAUGGGUUCGCCAGAACCUGCAAAGGACGAUGACAUGGAUGAUGAAGCUGUGUUAGCCCUCGCAGCUCACAGUGGCCCCACGGAUUUUGCUUCCGAUUUUGCUACUUAUGGUGAAGCAUAG